UUUAAAUCGAAUAUAUAAAUUUCAGCCUCUUUUAUUUUUUGUUAUUUAUUUUUAUAGAUUUUUUAAUUUUUUUUUGGGCGAGUGUAAAUAGACGAGAAGUGAUUAGAAUUUCUCCACUGAAGAAGUGGUAGGCGCUUGCGCGUCGGUGGUCGCGCGGACUGCCGGUUCCCGGGCUAUCCUCUCAUACACGGACAGGACUCAGGAGAAGGACGACAUGUCCAGAAGGAAAGCAACAUACACGUCGCUCAUAAUAGAUGAGAACUUCUCGGACAUAACGAUGAAUAAGGUAAGGAGGCUGAUCGGGUUCGCACUCGCUGAGAUGUUGGGCACUGCUUUCUUCGUCGGCCUGGGAUGUUCGAGCACUACUAACCUCCUGCAAGGCGCGCACAACACUCAUCUCAACACGGCCAUCGCCUUCGCACUCGGCGUAGCCACGUCGAUUAUUGUUUUCGGCCCGAUAAGCGGAGCGUUGAUGAACCCGGCGCUCAACAUUGUCCUGAUCAUCCUUGGUCAUAUGUCCGUCAUCAAGGGGGUCUUCUACACCCUGUUCCAACUCCUAGGAGCCUACUUGGGUGUCCUGGCCGCAAAGACUAUAACGCCAGAGGUCGGAGCUAACUUCUGCAUGACCCUUCCCAACCCCGAGGUGUCGACCGGGUCGGCUUUCUUCGUCGAGUUCGUCACCUCGGCGAUGCUCGCCUUCGGACUCUGCAACGCCGUCGACAAGAGGCAGUCGGCCAACCAUUCCAUCAUAUUCGUCAAGUUCCUUGUCAUCAUACUCGCGAUAGCGAUGGCAUCGGCGAAAUAUUCAGGGUGCAGCAUGAACCCGGCCAGGAGUUUCGGCCCUGCGUUGCUCGCCGGCAACUGGGAAUACCAUUGGAUCUACUGGGUGGCGACCUGUCUGGGCGCUGCGGUCGCAGCGGUCCUCUACAGGAUGGUCUUCGCCCAAGAAAUCUUCGAGGACAAGUCGUCCAGGGAGGAGGUCCAUUCGAUCUGAAUGAUUUAGACGUAGGCAAAGGAAAAUUCCACCUUGCCAAUCAUACAUCCCAUAAAAAUCGAAGAAAAAACAAACUGGUUUCUAAAGUUGAGAAAAACCCAUCAGGUUGCAAAAGGAAGCACACCAUUUUCAAGAAAAUUAAAAUAAUAAAUAUAUAUAAAGAUAAAAAAAUAAGAAAUAAUUAAUUGUAAUUUAUUUAAAAUAGGAGUAAAAAACAACUAUUAUAUAUUUUAAAACAAAUAGACAAUUAUUUGUUUAGAAGCAUAGAGAGGUGAUGUUAGGUUAAAAGAGGAAAUUUUCCAGUUCUCUUCCAAAUACAUAGAUAGAAUGAGAAGUUGACAAAUUUUAGCGGAUUAGGCAAUGUUUUUCAUGAUUGUAUAUUUUAAAAAGGCUAUAAGCGUUGUUAAGUUUUUUAAAUAAUAAAUAAAUGAGAUCUGCGAAA